CUAUUGCCUAUACACAGAAGCAAAGCACAGAGAAAAUGUGAGCUGUCAAUUAUAAAAUGAGCUGGAGUGCAAAAAUUUGUAUGGAGGCCAAAAAUGUAGAGCUGCCGAGAGCCUGAUUGCAGAGAGCCAUGUCCUUCCGAAAGGUUGUGCGCCAGAGCAAAUUCCGCCACGUCUUUGGGCAGCCCGUCAAGAAUGACCAGUGCUACGAUGACAUCCGGGUGUCGCGAGUCACUUGGGACAGCACUUUCUGCGCUGUCAACCCCAAGUUUGUGGCUGUGAUUAUAGAGGCCAGUGGAGGAGGGGCCUUCAUGGUACUCCCACUACAGAAGACUGGACGCAUUGAUAAGUCUUACCCUACGGUGUGUGGGCACACAGGACCUGUUUUGGACAUUGACUGGUGCCCGCACAAUGAUAACGUCAUCGCUAGUGGCUCUGAGGAUUGCACUGUUAUGGUAUGGCAGAUUCCCGAUAAUGGAUUGACACUGCCUCUGACGGAGCCAGUGGUUGUUCUAGAAGGGCACUCUAAGCGUGUGGGCAUCAUCACUUGGCAUCCAACUGCCCGCAACGUCCUCCUUAGUGCAGGCUGUGACAACGUGGUGAUCGUGUGGAACGUGGGCACAACUGAAGAGCUUUACCGCCUGGAAGAUCUGCAUCCUGACCUCAUUUAUAAUGUCAGCUGGAACCGUGACGGCAGCCUCUUCUGCUCGGCUUGCAAGGAUAAAAGUGUGCGCAUCAUUGACCCUCGGCGUGGGCAGGUUGUAGCGGAGAAGGAAAAAGCCCAUGACGGGGCACGCCCUAUGCGGGCCAUUUUCUUAGCGGAUGGGAAGAUCUUCACGACCGGUUUCAGUCGUAUGAGUGAACGGCAGCUGGCACUCUGGGACCCGGAGAAUCUGGAGGAGCCCAUGGCAUUGCAAGAGCUGGACUCAAGCAAUGGGGCCCUUCUUCCCUUCUAUGACCCGGACACCAACGUUGUGUAUGUCUGUGGCAAGGGUGACUCCAGCAUCCGAUACUUCGAGAUCACGGCAGAAGCCCCCUACAUCCACUUCCUGAACACAUUCACUAGCAAAGAACCCCAGCGUGGCAUGGGAUGGAUGCCCAAACGGGGUCUGGAUGUCAACAAGUGUGAGAUUGCCAGGUUUUACAAACUCCACGAACGCAAGUGUGAGCCCAUUAUCAUGACUGUGCCAAGGAAGUCAGAUUUGUUCCAAGAUGAUUUGUACCCAGACACAGCUGGGCCAGAAGCCACCAUGGAAGCCGAGGAAUGGGUGGCAGGGAAGACGGCGGGGCCCAUCCUGAUCUCGCUGCGCGAAGCCUACGUGCCCACCAAGCAGCGUGACCUCAAAGUCAGCCGGAGGAGCUUGCUGCAAGAGAGCCGCCCCGCUGCUGCCCCCAGCGCCGGGCUGAGUGCCACACACCCCAGUGCCAUGUCUCAGUCUGCUGCCAUGCCUGCCAUUAGCAUCAGCACUGCCAGUGGGGACGGCAGGCAGGUCAUUGAAGAAGUGCUGCGUGAAGUGGCGUCACUGCGGGCGCUUGUGGCUGCGCAGGGCGAGCGCAUUGUGCGGCUAGAGGAGCAGCUGAGCCGCAUAGAGAACGGCGAUGUCUAGGAGGGGUGGGGUGGGGCUUUCCCCGCGGAGGAGACCUCACCAACAUGGAUCUUCUUAAACGCUUCACCUUUUUUUGAGCUGCCAGUAAUCCCUUUAUACACUGCCUCAUCCUGCCCUGUGGUGUGAGACAGGGACUUGCCCUCUCUUGCUGCUACUGGGAAUGUUUCUUGGGUUUUGUCUCGGACCAAAUCUCCUCCUCCUCCCGCACCCUGUAUUACCCAAGGGGCGAUGUGCUGGUCUCCCCACAUCUGUCCCUUUGCCUUAUUCUGGCCAGAUUCCCUCUGGCCUUGUCCCCUUCCCAUGGCUGGGGCUAGCUUGUAUGUAUCAGGACUAGCUAACUGCGCAGUCUGACAUGCCCACGCUUUCCACCGGAGAGAAGGCUGGGAUUCCCCUUCCCAAUCUCUCAUGGCGGGUGGAUUUUGCGGUUUAUUAGAAGCCAGUGCCUCCUAUGGGCCAGGACUCUUCUCCCCAUUUUCCCUGCUAGGACCACUGAGAAUCCUGUUGAGGAUUCUUCUGCUUCCUUGCCUGAAUUUUAUUUUAUUUCAAAGAGACCAUGGAUGGGAUCAUUGGGGCUUGACUAUGAAAUAAAUCUGCCAUCUAGUCACAGUCCUUAAGUUUCUUGUCUCUGGGACCACUCCUCUCUCCCCACCUUCCAGCCCUCAAAUGCUAAGCAGGUUCUGACGAAACAUACGAGGGUGGUGGAGGCGAAAAGAAACUGUUCAGGUUCAAUAAUCUAUAUUUUCAUUCCAAAUAAAAGUCUUUAUAAAGCCACAA